CGGAAACACGAAGCUUGCGAAGCUACCACGCGCCUUGGCGCCUCGGGGUUGUCUAGACUGGGCCCUUCUGCUCCCUAGAGCGACUGCUUUUACGCCGCCUCGUACUUGGGCCCCUGAUCCAGCGAUCUGCAGGGAAAGGCCAAGCUAAAAAAGUUGCGAAUAGGCAGGCUCGCAGGCAGCUACUGCAUCGCUCUUGCGGUAUAUUUAACUCGCCCGCCCGCCCACGUCGUCCCCCUUGCUUUCCCUCCCUCCUUCCCCCAUUCAAUCCGCUCGCUCGUUCUCCAACUUCGCACCACUUCACUUCGUCUACCUUCCUUCAGCGGCAUUGACUCGUCGACACCGUCCUUCAUCAUGCAGUUCAAGCUUCUCGCCAUCUCUGCCCUCGUGGCCGCCGUGUCUGCGCAGACCCCCUCCAUCCCCGCUAGCGACCUCGCCAUCAUCGCUACCAUCCUGCCCUCCUCCGCCGACGCCUACAUCAAGACCGCCGGCGUCGCAGGCUUCUACACGCACGUCGCCUCGGAGUUCAAGGCCGGCCACACGCCCGGCUGGUUCACGAAGCUGCCCUCGCAAAUCCAGACGCUGCUCGUGCCCGGCAACGGCACCGCGACGGUCGUCAACAGCACCGUGACCGGCAGCAGCACCUCGUCCGGCAAGCACCACACCAAGACCGAGGGCACGAGCGUCAUGACGACGCAAACCACCCUCACCGGCUCUGCGGCCUCGUCUGCGUCGUCGUCUGCUUCGUCUUCGGCGUCUGCUGCUAGCAGUUCUUCCUCUGCUGGUGGCGCGGCGCCUACUGGUGUCAUUGGCGCCGGGCUUGCUGGUGUCGUCGGCAUUGUUGGGCUUCUUGCUCUUUAAGUUGCAUAGUUGAUCGAUUCACCAUGCAUUGACAUCGGGAGACUGCUGAGAGUGAAAGGGCGAGAUACGCAUCCGUAUGACGGUAUUCCAAAAUGCAAAAGCUUUUCAACGGAGUUCCCUGAU